GGUAGAUCCGGCAGGGCUGACGCAGUCUAGGGGCGACCGGCUCGGUCCAUAUAAAGUCUGCUGAGGCGGAGAGUGAGACGCCAAUCUUGCCGAGCACCGACGGACGUUUUCCUUCAAGUGGCCUGGCUCACUGCACCCCGCAUCGACGAUCUGCCCCAGACUCGCAUUCGCUUGAGGCACAGUGCCAUGGCGAACGCGACGGACGCACCGUCCGCGAAUUGCGACAGCUUCCUGAACGAUGCUCGGUUUCGACAGACGUUCGUCUUGCCUGCCGACGCUACACGCGGCCGCCCGGAAGAGCUCCAGAUCACCUACGCAGACUAUGGCUAUCGCAAUGAGCAGGACCCCGAUGACGAAAAUGUCUUCUUAUUCUUCGCACCCUUAUUGGGCUCGCGCAUGUGGCACGUCGCCAAGGAUGGCCCUGCUAAGCGGCACAAGGUCCGCAUCAUCAACCUGGAUCGCCCAGGCGUGGGAGGCACGAGUGAAAUUCCCGCGGAGCGCAGGAUGGCUGUCUGGCGAGAUGUCAUCAUGGCCUUGCUCGCUCAUUUGAACAUCCGUCACGUGUCGCUGGGAUGCCAAAGCGGCGGAACUGUCCACGCGCUAGACCUGCUCCUACACCAUCCCCAAGUCCUGCACCCGACGCGGCCCUACCUGGCUAUUGGUGCACCAUGGAUCCUCCCUGCCCACUCUGGAGUCAUGGCCAUGUCCAUCACCCAGGCUCUCCCGGAGAUUCUGCUCGCUCAAACUGGUAAAAUGGCGGCAGUUGUCAGCAAACUGGUACCCGUCGCCUCGGCAUCGUUCGGGUUUAGCCAGGCUGUGCUUAACCUCGCCAGAGGAAAUCAGUCUCCCGAGGUCGAUCUUGACGAAGACGCAAAGUUUGAAGAGCAGUUGAGUGCAAAACUGGGCGACUUUGUCUUUGCGGAUGGUGUCAAUGGCAUGGCACAGGAAGCCAUCCUGCUGAUGCAGCGCACACCAGGCAAAGCCGGGUGGGGUGACUGGGGCGACUAUGACGGUCUCGUCCCGCGCCUGAGGGAAGCACUCCAAGCGGCUGGGAGACAGCUUGAAAUUGACGUUUAUUUCGCCGAAAAAGACGGCAUGGUCGGGGACGCAGGUUCCAAAGGUCCGAAGUGGUUCGAGGACUGCUGGAAGGGAGAGCAAGACGGGGGCAUCAUCCGAUAUGCCAGUAGCGUGGUUGAUGGAGCAGAGCACGACACCAUCUGGGGACUGCGAUACGGUGCCAUCCAAAAGGUGUUUGCUCGGAUUGGUGGCAAUGCGCCAACCGAGAGCGGGUAGCCAUGUCGGGAAGCGGGAUGCAAGACUGGCGUCCGCAGAGAGGGAUUCUUUUGUAUCGUCAAAGCCCAAUCGAUUAGCUUAUCACCCCGGCCGUUGCACUCGGCAUGCCGCUCGCCGUCGGAGUAUGCGAGCAAGACGCCAUCAAACCAACGCGGGUCGCACAAGGCGGAAUUCGUGCCCAUAGGCCAUAGAUAUGAC